UGUGUGUGUGUGUGUGUGUGUGUGAGAGAGAGAGAGAGAGAGAGAGAGAGAGAGAGAGAGAGAGAGAGAGAGACGCGCGCGUUUCCAUAGAAGAGAAACAGAGGAUUAAAAAUCCGUUGCGUAUUUCCAUCCAGGGUCAGCAGAGACAUGACGGCAGACGGUAUUGACGGCCUGGGGCGCUUUGAGAGCCCCGGUAAAGGCAGAGGACUGCGCGUGAACAGAGCGUACCGGGUGGGCGAGCUGCUCUUCGUCUGCCCCGCUUUCUCACACGUGCUAUCGGUGAGCGAGCGCGGAUACACGUGCGAGCAAUGCUUCACGAGGAAAGAGGGUCUUUCAAAAUGUGGAAAGUGCAAGAAAGCUUUUUACUGCAACGUGGAAUGUCAGAGAGCCGACUGGGCGAUGCACAAGCUGGAAUGCUCUGCGAUGUGUUCGUUCGGGGAAAGCUGGUGUCCGUCAGAAACCGUCCGUCUGGUGGCUCGGGUUAUCAACCGCAUGAAGGUCCAGAAAGAGCCGAGCGCCUCAGAGAAACUGCUCCUGUUAACGGAUCUGGAGGCCAACCUGGAUAAGUUUGAUAAUGAGAAAAGGGAGAUGAAUGAGGCAGACAUCGCCGAACUGCAUCACUUCUACUCCAAACAUCUGGACUUCCCUGAUCACCAUUCUCUGCUUACUCUGUUUGCUCAGGUGCACUGUAACGGUUUCACAGUGGAAGACGAGGAGCUCUCUCACGUUGGGUCAGCUUUGUUUCCAGACGUUGCGCUGAUGAAUCACAGCUGCUGCCCCAACGUCAUCGUUACCUACAGAGGAACCCUGGCAGAGGUGCGAGCUGUGAAGGAUAUCAGCCCUAAGGAGGAGAUAUUCACCAGCUACAUCGACUUGCUUUACCCAACAGAAGACAGAAUGGAGAGACUCAGGGACUCGUACUACUUCACCUGCGAUUGCAAAGAAUGCAGAACCAAAUCCAAGGACAGUGUAAAACUAAAGCUGAGAAAGGUAAAUGGUGAAGAACCUCGCUCAGAGGAGGUGAGGGAAAUGCUUCGUUACGCAAGAAAUUCCAUUGAAGACUUCAGACGGGCCAAACAGGAUAAAACCCCUGCAGAGCUACUGGAGAUGUGUGAGCUCAGCAUUGACAAAAUGAGUUCCACGUUCGAGGAAUCUAACGUCUACAUGUUGCACAUGAUGUAUCAGGCCAUGGGAGUGUGUAUGUACAUGGAGGAUUAUGAUGGCGCCGUGAACUACGGAGAGAAAGUCAUAAAGCCGUUCAGGCAGUUAUAUCCAGCCUACUCCUUGAACAUUGCCUCAAUGUAUCUGAAGCUGGGGAGACUCUACAUGGUUCUGGACCGAAUCUCUGCAGGAUCCGCUGCCCUCAAAAAGGCUUUAUCCAUUAUGGAGGUUGUUCAUGGAAAGGACCAUGUUUAUGUAAAGGAACUGCAGAAAGAGAUCAACACACACCAAAAAUAAACACACCCACUAAAACAUUCAAGUGUGAAAUUUUUUUUUGUAAUUUUCAGUACAUAUUCUUAAGAGCAAGGAAUUUCAUCUCUAGACCUGGAGACAGUCUUAAAACUCCUAGACUGGGGUAGAAAGAGUACUGAAAAUCAUACUCGAUUAAAGGGGUAGCUUAGUGUUACUCAGAGUUACUUAAUACUUAGGGUUGUGAGUGUUUUUUUUUUUUUUUUCGAUCAUGAUCACAGUUCUCCCUUAUAACAGUAGCUAACCUCGUUAGCAUUUAGCAUAAAUUCAAAAUGUAGCUCUUUAUGUUUCUUCUAAUUAGAGGCGGAUUCCUGAUUCUUAAACAGACACUGAAAAUAAACAUUGAAGGCAUGAUACAAGACCGCUAUGGCCCUUUUUUUGGUUUGGAAUUUGAAAAGUUCUUACCAGUGAGACCAAGGAUAUUCUCUUGACAAGGCUACUUGCCAUGUCCAUCAUCAGGAUGACCUCGAUGAUUAUUAGCAGUUUGCACCAGUUCUAAACACGUUUUCUAUGCAACUUGAUGAGCCAGGACAAGUGUCCUUGAUGAGCCAGGACAAGUGUCCUUGAUGAGCCAGGACAAGUGUCCUUGAUGAGCCAGGACAAGUG